CAAGCUGAUUGGCCGAGGCCUAGCAAAGAGUACCCGGGGAUCCAAAAUUGCAGGCCGCACUUAGCUUACCGUCAAAAAUAAACCAAAACAAAAACAGACAAAUUUGACAAGGGGGAGACACACCGUUAGAGUCAGAAGACGACGUUAUCAGUGUGAUUAGUUGUCUUGAUGGAAGGAAGUGUUUCAGUUAUCCUGUUGGUUUCAUUUUAAAGGUCUUGUCUCUAAAUGUGAAGAGAUGGAUCAAGGAGGAGGAGUGUUGGAGCUACACACUCAGGAGCUGAAGAUGCCCCAUGCUAUGAUCAUGCAAGAUUUUGUUGCAGGCAUGGGAGGUCUGGCUCACAUCGACGGAGAACACAUUGUGGUCUCUGUGCCUGAGGGUAUGCUUCUGUCUGAUGUCAUGACGGAUGAGGGAAUCCUCCUGGAGCAUGAACUUGAGGUAGAAGGUCUGGAGACUCACGUGGUUGAAGGACUGGAGACCGAAGUGGUGGGGGACUUGCAUGCAGAUGUCGAAGGCUUCGAGGCAGAAGUUGUUGAAGGCCUACACACACAUGUGGUGGAGUUAGAAGCUCAAGUGGUUGAAGACCUGGAGGGUGAGGUUGAAGUUGAGGGUCUUGAGGCACAGGUGGUUGAGGGCCUGGAGACUGAAGUUGAUGUAGAGGGUCUAGAAGAAGAAGUAGAAGUAGAGGAUUUGGAAGCUGAGUGUGUUGAAGGGCUUGAGGUAGAUGUGGAAAGUUUGCAGUCUCAAGGGGUAGAGGCUCAUGAAAUAACCAGUGAAGACAUGGUCUCCUCAGGACACAGUGUGAUCAUGCCUGAGAAUAUACUGGGGACAGAAGUUGCGAUAGAAGAGGCCUUGGACGUUCAUCAUCACCAUGUCCUAACAUCAGACCUCAUCCAGGACUCCAACCACCCUGACGAUAUGUCAGACCAGGUGUUUGUGGCAGAGCUACUGUCUGAGCACGAGGAUAGCACACUGGACCAUGAGCUUGUAUCAGAAGGUCUGAUGGUGACAGAGGCCAACGCUGAGACCAUAAUCCAUCAACAGCUGCCAGCUGAGGCUGUUGCCUAUAAGACAGAUGAGGAUGAUGAUGGAAGAAGCAGCUCUGAGGAUUACCUCAUGAUCUCCCUCGAUGAAGUGGGGGAGAAGUUAGACAUAGGAGACACUCCACUGGAGAUCAGCACUGAAGAGAUGGAGGACAAGGAAAUUAAAGUGGAGGAUGACUCGGAGGUCAUAAAAGUCUACAUUUUUAAAGCUGAAGCCGAUGACGAUUUAGGUGGAACAGAGGUAAUAACAGAGGACGAUUACCAAAAUGGCCAUCCUGAUCUGGAAGCUGCAUCAUCAGGCAGACUGGGAGUUGGCCGUGACAAGAUGGUCUACAUGGCAAUCAAGAACCCUCUAAAGGAAGAGGAGGAAGAAGAAGAUGAUGAAAGUGAUGAUGAUGAUGACGAUGACAGUGAUGAUGGCAUCAGUACUACCAUUGAAAAGGUGAAGAAUGGACUUGCUACUCGUUUUUUGCAAAUCCCUGAGGAACUGGGCCCAAACCGUGUACUCAAACCAAAGGCUAAGAAGAAGAGGAAAGGAGAUUCACGGCAGUGCCAUACUGCUGUCAUCAUUGGACCAGAUGGAAUGCCUUUGACCGUCUACCCUUGCCACAUCUGUGGAAAGAAGUUUCGCUCCCGUGGUUUUCUCAAAUGUCAUAUGAACAACCACCCAGACCAUCUGCUCAAGAAGAAGUACCAGUGUACAGACUGUGACUUUACCACCAACAAGAAAAUCAGCUUCCACAAUCAUUUGGAGAGUCACAAGCUCCUGAGUCAUAACGAGCGAUCUCCAGAAUAUACGGAGUAUGCACGGCGCUACCAUGAGUCCAGCCCCUUGGGCUCAGACAAGCUCAUUGUUAAGGACCGGGAGCCUAAACUGCAUCCCUGCAAAUACUGCGAUUACGAGACGGCAGAGCAAGGUCUGCUCAACCGUCACCUGUUAGCAGUGCACAGUAAGAACUUUGCACACGUGUGUGUUGAGUGUGCCAAAAACUUCCGCCACCCAUCAGAGCUGAAGAAACACAUGCGGACCCACACAGGUGAGAAGCCCUACCACUGUCCACACUGUGAGUUCCGCUGCGCAGACCAGUCCAACCUAAAGACUCACAUCAAGAGCAAGCAUGGGGCCGAUCUGCCAUUCAAGUGCAACCACUGUCCCCAAGCUUACGCUGAUGCUCGCGAACUCCAACGUCAUAUAGAAAUGGUGCAAGGCCACAAGACCCACCAGUGUCCACACUGUGAACACAAGAGCACUAACUCCAGUGACCUUAAACGACACAUUAUCUCUGUUCACACCAAGAACUUCCCUCAUCAGUGUGACGUAUGCGAGAAAGGCUUCCACAGGCCCUCGGAAUUGAAGAAACAUGCUGAGACACACAAAGGCAACAAAGUGCACCAGUGUCGACAUUGUAACUUCAACGCUCCCGAUACUUUUACCCUAAGUCGCCAUAUUCUGUCUCUGCAUACAAAGGACCUUCCCUUUAAGUGCAAGCGCUGCCGACGAAGCUUCCGGCAGCCGGCUGAGCUGAAGAAGCACAUGAAGACACACAGCGGUAGGAAGGUCUAUCAGUGCCAGUAUUGCGAGUAUAACAGUACGGACGCCUCUGGCUUCAAACGCCACGUCAUCUCAAUUCAUACAAAGGACUACCCCCAUCGCUGCGACUACUGCACCAAGGGAUUUAGGAGGCCUUCAGAGAAGAGCCAGCACAUAGCCAGGCACCACAAAGACAUGCUGAUGUAAUGUCAUCCCACACACAAACUCACACUCCUUUUCUUGAGUACAUCUGUGUCGCACACCCACAGGUAAUUUUAGUGUAUAAACAAAAAACUGACUCAUGCAGGCUGUUGAAGAUAUUGUUGUUCUGUGUUGUAUUGGUUUAAACCUCCUCCAUCCCGGGGUAACACAAGAAAACAUUUUAGAUUGAGUAAAGUCUAAACAAGAAAAAGAAGAAAAAAACUGUGUAAACUGAUUGCGAUGGUUGUAAAUUGUUUUGAAAGUCACAUAUGAACAUAUAUUCAGGGUUUCAAAUGUCUAUAUUUUUAUACCCACUCAGCUGAAAUGCUGCAAGAUGACGAUUUUGUCAGUGCUUCGUGAUCGUCACGCUACUUCUUCAGAUGAGGCAGAAGUAGUACAGGAAACGUUUGCCUCCAUAUUAUAUCACCUCCCUUUCCUUGUCAACCAGCUUUUAACCUGAAAUCUUUUUGUUCGGUCCUACUUGACCCUAAAUGAAAAAAGGCCGUUUGUGUUUUCAAGCAGGGAUUUUUAAUGAUGGUGGCAUGCACAAUGCAUCUUCGGGGGGAGGAGGAGAAUUAAUAGUAAUUUAACAAUUCCUCGUUUUGGGAUUUUGUCUCUCAAGCCUGAACACUUCAAAUUAAUCAUGUAAUAAUAUUUCCAACUAUGUUCUAUUAAAAUGUUUUAAAAAAGUUGAAUCAGAAAUCUUCUGGUCCAGUUAGUGUCUAGUGAGAAGGAGCAGAGCGCAGCUGGUAUUUUAGGAAAAAUUCUUUAGUGUACACAUUUCUAACAGAAAUGUGGUGUUCUGCUAUAACGAUGCAGAUAAUUUACCAUUGUAUUAUUUAAUAUGAUUAUUGUAUGAACACGGGAGACAUUCAAUGACCCCUGAAGUGGUUGUACUGCAUUUGACCGCCACCGUAAAGUUUCAUACGUGUGAUGCUCCCUACGACACAGAUGUUCUCUCUGCUCACCGUUUGGUUGCAGUCACGCCUGCACACCUGCCGGUCGCUCGCCCUUCAGCACCGACAAACAGCUAGCCAGAAAAUGAGCGAUUCUUAACUCUUCAACAUUCUGCAACAACGCCAUUCUCUCAGAGAUUAUAUUUGAGUCAUUAGA